GGAAUAAAUUGAAUUAUUUCUCCUGUACUUUCAUCUUUUCUUCUCCUUUUGAAGUCCCUCCACAAAUCUUGUUCCAAACACAGACAAAAGUUUUGUCAUUCUGCUGUCUUGUGCAUCAUAGAUGGUAGACAUCUUGUUUGGUCAUAAUUCAGUUACGAAUCUGGCCAUUCAUUCUAAACUCGAUUUCUUCCAUCUAGUUAGGCACUCGCGCCCUCUGGUACUGCCAUAAUAAUGUCGGCUUGUUUCUAGAUAGAUUGUUGCCUAAUCACUUUUAUCAUUUCACCUGCUACUUCCACCAUCAAGGAGAUUCAUAACCAUGUUGUUCAAUCCCAAAUUUGGAACUGAACCAAUUUGUGUGUUUUAAGCUGGUAAAGCCAUUUUAUCUGAACCACCUCCAUCACCUGUCCUCCAUUUUUUCCAUCACCUGUCCUCCGUUUUUCCCAUCACAUGUCCUCCAUUUUAGCCCUUUCGAAACCACCUCUCAUCCAUAGGACACUCGUCUUAGAAAAGAAUGGUUAGCUUCAAGGAAUAAGUACAACGAGGGAAGUGUUUUGCCUUGAAAAUCUGUCAAAACUGAGAGGUGUGAUUUUGAAUCAAUCUCCAUCCCAGUUUUGCAAGCACUCCAUGACUAGGAGAUAGAAAUCAAGCACUCGAUUGUUUUAUCAAUCGUUGAAUGUAUUCAACUAACCCGAAUCAUCAGUUUUCAUGUAAUUCCCACACCACAGUCUCUGCUCUAUUGUCUGGCUUGCUCAUGUCAACUUCGAGGGCGAAAUUUCCAAUUCCCAGGCCACACGGAUGUUGGUAGUUAUGAGCUCUUCGAUUAACAAAAACCACCUGUUGUUAGUUGUAGCCAUCUCCUGUAUAAUUUGCUUCAAUUUGUUUACGUAAACUCGUAUAAAGCUUUUUUCACCUUAGGAACAAGGGCGAUACAGUGGACUUUCCCAAGUUCAUAAACAAAAGGCAACUGGACGAUAUCUGCAUAAAUCCGUCCUCAAAAGCUUGGCAAGAGACCCAACAUACCAUCAGGGUACCUUCCGGCCAACUAUUGUUAGCAGGGGCGCAAACAAGCCAAGUCAAGCCGAGCUUUAGGCUGUUGGAGCUCAGCUCAUUCAAACUACAGUGAGCUCAACCUCAAAUUGAGUACACUAGCCGAGCUACAGCUAGUCAACUAAACGAGUCCAACUGAGUCCAACCGUUAACGAGUUGAGCCCCUCAAACUGCUCACGAACAACUCGGUCGAUUUGCGGCCCUAAUAUCUUCCCCUUAAUGUUUGGAGCCACAUUCAAGUCAUCCUCGAUUAAAGCCUUAGUCACCUUGUGCACCGAACUUUCCAUGUAUACUCCACUCCAAUUUAUCAAUUUUGUCACACUGACCCGUUCUGCUAAGGUUUUUAUUUUUUUUCUAUAAAAAAAAGAUUCUUAUUUUUUAAGUACUUAUUUUUCGCUUUACGAGACAUGUCAUUCUCUCACUAUACAUAUCUUUAAUUCAAAAAAUAAAAAUAAGUACUUAUUUUAGUUAAUGAAACACAUCGUGAUUCCUCAAAUUAUAAAUUGUAGAAUAUCUACUUUCAAGAUGUUGUUGUGAACCAGUCAAAAAAAAAAAAAGAUGUGAUGAAAGAAAAAGCAAUUUAUUACUUCUGUAAUGCUUUUAUUAUCAUAUAUGUACUAUAUUAAAUUUGUACGUUGUUUGUUUAAAUAAUGGAAAAUAGUAAAAUACUGCAGUUGAGUAGUUGACCAGCUGAGGUGAGUAUAAAAUAAAACACAACAUACGAAUCUGUUUUUGUUUUUUUAAUUCUGAUAAUCAAACGUUUUUAAAUUCGUUAUAUAUGGUCACGUCACAAAUAGAGGCCUACUAAAUAAUGCACCUACCGAAAGCGGCCGCUGCAUUCAAAAAGCCCAGAAUAAAUGGUUCAUCUUUGAGCCUUUUUUUUGGUUGUGUGUGAAACUGAUCGUUGAGCUUUAAACCUUUGAACAUUCAAGAGAGAUAAAGAUACAGAGAAAGAGAGAGAGGGGAGUUGACCUCGUCUUCCCUCUAUCCCACACGUUGCUUCAGUGGAAGUUUGAAGAGAGAAUGUGAAGUCGUCAUUCUUUUACUGGUCAGAGUUCCAUAGUGGCAGAGAGAGAGAGAGAGACUUAACGAGGGGAUGCUUUUCUUCGCAACCAUACAAACUGCUAAACAGGAUGCUUUACCAACCAGGUCUGCUACACGACAUUUUCCUCUAUAGAUUUCUUUCUCUCACUAAACACAUUGCAGGCACAAGUAAAUCACACUCUCCCUCUCUUGGUCUUUUAUGCCUUGUGUCAUUAAUUCCACAUAAAUACAAGUAGAAGAAGACAACAACUAAAAUACAAGAAACCCCCUUCUCUCUCUCUCUCUCUCUCUCUCUCUGGAUUUUAUGUAUGUAGAUAAAGUUUUCCCGUGUAAACACUAGUUUUGAUUGGAGAAAAGAAGUCUAUCUGUCCUCUGCAAGUUUCUUCUACAGGGAGGUCUUCAAUUCCUUAUUCUUCUCAUGUUCUCAUACUGUUUUCUCUCUCUCUCUCUUACUACCUUGUACUUUACGUUGAACCCAAGGACAAAGAACACAAGAAGUCUAUGUACAUAGAUACCCACAUACUAUAUAAAGCAGAGAAGUAGAGUCUGAAUCACCACCACCUACAAGAAGAGAGAAUUCUCUCUCUCUCUGCCUCUCUCUCUUCAGUUGUGGUUCGAAAAAUGGAAAUUAGAAGUUUUUCAGAUAUAGGUUCGGCGAGGGUAACCUCGGAAAUAGUCUCCGAAAACGAGUCCUUCAUCGAAUACUCUGUUUUGACUAAAAAAUUGAGUCCAAUUCUCAGCGAGUUGAAGCAAUACAAGCUCAUGGACACCUCUCCGAUUCGAAAAGCCGUUGAAUCGCUCGAGACCGAGCUCGGACGAGCCAAGGCUUUGACGACGAGAAGAGGCAGCAGUAAACCCCCAUCGAAGAAACAAGUCGAAGAUGUGGCCCAGGGUCUAGGACGGUCGUUAGGCCUUGUGCUCUUCGCUAGUCGUGAUGUUCAGCUGCUUAGUAAAGAGAAGAUUGAGGCCUUGCGCAGAGAAAUGAUGAGCGUGAGGUUUGAUUUGAGCCCCGAAUCAGACUUUGUGAAUGAUGGGGAAACAGAUCAAACAGGGGAAACCGAUCAAACAGGGGAAACAGAGGGUGAAAUCGAGGAGGAAAUUGGACAGGAUAGAAUUACUCUGGAUAUUGGUGAUGUGGUUUUGCGGAUUAAGUAUGGAAAAGAUGACGAAUUUAAGUCCGCUCUUUCGGCCUUUAAUUCGAUGAUUAGGGAUCACAUGAUCACGAGCGAGUGGAUUAAUGAAGAGGGGGUAAUCCCAAUUCUGUUUAAUCGGUUGGGCACGAGUAAACAGAAUAAUCGGCUGACUAUAAUUCAGAUUCUAAGAAGCCUCGCUUCACAGAACGAUGGAAACAAGGAGAAGAUGGCAGAUGCUGGGUAUUUGACGACGUUGGUGAAAUCGUUGGUGCGGCAUGAGGAAGAGCAGCGGGAAGCUGUGGGGCUUUUGUCGAGCCUCUCGGAUGUUUCUGGGGUUAGAAGAAGGAUUGGGAGAGUUCAAGGGUGUAUAAUUAUGUUGGUUGCCAUUUUAAAUGGGGAUGAUCCGGUUGCUUCGGGUGAUGCAGGGAGUUUGCUGAGUGCUUUGUCUAGUAAUACACAGAAUGCUCUUCAUAUGGCAGAGGCUGGUUACUUCAAGCCCCUAGUGCAUUACCUAAAGGAAGGUUCAGACAUGAGCAAGAUCCUAAUGGCAACAGCACUUUCCAGAAUGAAACUCACAGAUCAAAGAAAAUCCUCCCUCGGUUCAGAUGGUGCAAUCGAACUGCUUGUCCAAAUGUUUCAAGGAGGAAAACUCGAAGCAAAACUGUUGGCCCUAAGCGCAUUGCAAAGCCUAUCAACCUUAAAAGAAAACAUCCAGCGUUUAAUCAGUAUCGGCAUCAUAUCCUCUCUCCUUCAGCUGCUCUUCUCCGUCACAUCCGUCCUCAUGACUCUCCGAGAACCAGCUUCCGCCAUUCUUGCUAAAAUAGCCGAAUCUGAUUCCAUUCUCGUUAACCAAGAAGUUGCUCAUCAAAUGCUUUCCCUUUUAAGCCUUUCUACUCCAGCAGUUCAAAACCACCUCCUACAAGCACUCAAUAGCAUUGCUACCCAUAAAAGUUCAUCCAAAGUCAGAAGGAAAAUGAAUGAAAACGGCGCUAUUCAGCUUCUGUUACCAUUUUUGGCCCACAAUAACACCAAAAUCAGGACCGGUGCUUUGGAUUUGCUAUACACUCUUUCCAAAGAUAUAUCAGAAGAGCUAACAGAACAGUUGGCGGAAACCAAUCUCAGUAUUAUUAUAAAUGUCGUAUUAUCCAGGGUAUCUGAGAGGGAAACGGCUGCUGCUGUUGGGAUACUAAGUAAUCUUCCAGUUAGUGACAAGAAAGUGACAGACAUAUUUAAGAAGGCAAACUUAAUACCCGUUCUGAUGUCUAUACUGUGUUCAAGCCCAGCAAAUUCAAUGCCCACGACGAGGUUGCUAGAAGAGAGCAUUGCGGGUGUAUUUCUCCGGUUUACAGUUCCUUCGGACAAGAAACUACAAGCAUUUUCUGUCCAACAAGGCGUGAUUCCUUUUCUUGUGAAGUUGCUCUCAAGUGAGUCCCUUCUCACGAAAUCUAGGGCUGCAACCUCCCUAUCUCAAUUAUCACAAAACACAAUGUCUCUCAAAAAGACCAAAACGAGGUGGUUGUGUGUCCCUCCUUCAGAUGUUGACUUUUGCGAAGUUCAUGAUUGUCGCUGCUCUGUAAAGGGCACAUUUUGUUUGGUCAAGGCAGGUGCUAUUCCGAAAAUGGUUCAAGUUUUGGAGAGUAAUGAAGGGGACACAGAUGAAGCCGUUUUGGGUGCCCUUGCUACGCUUUUGCAAGAUGAGACUUGGGAAAACGGAAGUAAUUACAUUGUCAAAGUAGCCGGUGUUCAGCCCUUUAUAAAAAUUCUAAAACAAGGCACGGUUAAGGCUCAGGAGAAGGCACUGUGGAUAUUGGAAAGAAUUUUCAGAGUGGACGCUCACCGCGUGGAGUUUGGAGAAUCUGCCCAGGUUUUGCUCAUUGAUUUGGCUCAAAAGGGUGAUCCAAAACUGAAAUCGGUGACUGCUAAGGUACUAGCACAUCUUGAGGUUCUGCAGCUUCAGUCCAGCUACUUCUGAGACAUUCGGUAUCAAAGUAAACAAGGUGGCGAACAUUUUUCUUUUCCUUUUUUCAUACAAAUUUAUACAAUAUUAUUCUUGGAGUAAAUCCUUUUAUUCUUUAUGGUAGGAGUGAAAGAAACGUAGCGAUCACAGGAAAACUAGUAUACUGAUUUAAAUACUAAAAAUUUCCAUUUUUCAUGCAAAUGAGAUGGUUCUGUACAAAUGGAUGUUGUUGCUGGCCUUGCUUUAGCUGUCCUUGUACUUUCACCAGUUCCAAAUGUUCAAUUUCAUUCCCUCUAA